GUACUGGUUCCAGUCAAAGUGCUUCGACCAAUAAAACUGGUUACCCAACUCCAGAAGGGAUUACAAUUGAGCCAUGUGGAAAAUAUGUGCCACGUCAAUAUGGUGAAUUCCGAAAAUUGAAAGAUUCAAGUUCAUCACUAGCUCACCCUAUCUUUAACGAACCCACUAUUACUACUAAAUCUUCUUCACAUUCUUGCGCAUUAUCGAGGGCUUCUUUAAUUAGCAAGAUUCUUGCUAAUGUAAUAAAUGUCGUUAAAGCGAAAUACAAUCCGUGA